AUGACAAUAUUUGGACAGGUUGUUAUCGGACCUCCUGGAAGUGGAAAGAGUACAUACUGCAAAGCAAUGAGAGAAUUUUUGACAGCUUUAGGACGCAAAGUUGCCGUAGUGAAUUUGGAUCCAGGGAAUGAUAUCCUGCCGUACGAAUGUGAAGUGGAUAUAUCUACACUUGUGACUUUGAUAGAUGUUAUGGAAAACUUGAAGUUAGGUCCUAAUGGCGGACUUAUUUAUUGUAUGGAAUAUCUGGAAACAAACUGUGAUUGGUUGAUUGGGAAAUUGGAGAAUUUUAAAGAUUGUUAUAUAUUGUUUGAUUGUCCUGGUCAGGUUGAACUUUACACACAUCAUAAGUCUGUCAGAAAUAUUGUACAUAAACUGCAAGAGAAGGAUUUCAGGGUAAUCACCUUGUUUGUUUUCUUGUCCACUUGCAUCUAGUAUAUGUCAGAUUAUAUACGGAUAUACCAAGCCAAGUACUUUUGUCUGCAGGAUUUAACAGGUUUAAUGUUUGUGUAAAAAUGAUGUAAUUAAAAUCUGUCAAUUGAUCCUCUGAUACAAAACAAGUAACAUUGGAAUUCCUAUAUGAAAUCCUAUUAAAUUUUGGUCCAAGUUUGGUUAAAUUUUUAUAUAGGAAAUUUAUUCAUUUGGAUUUUGGCACAUUCCUGUAGGAAUUCCCAUUGGGUCAGAUAGGAUUUUUCUGUAAGGCAGGAAGAAAAUUUAAAGCCGGUUUUCCACUUCAAGUGUACCGUACUGAAACGUAUCAAAAACGUUUUAAAUUUCAAAAUUUUGUGAAUGUUGAUCGGUUACUACUUCUGUAGUACGCCAAAAAGUUGACUUGUGAUGAAAUUUUUAUUUGGAUAUGCGAACACACCCGGAAGUAUGUGGAUUUAUACAUGUAUACCUCUUUUCAAUCUAUGCAUGCUCACCAGUACGUUUCGGUAUGAUACAGGUGUAGUGGAAAACCGGCUUAAGCAUUACAUAAACAAACAUUUUUAUCAUGGUUGUCAAUAUUAACAAUGAACUAUUUGUUGCUGUAGUUUGCUGCUGUGCAUUUAGUUGAUUCACAUUACUGCCGUGAUCCGUCAAAAUUCAUCUCUGUGCUCUUGACGUCUCUGUCAACCAUGGUCCAGAUUGAGCUGCCUCAUGUCAAUGUUUUAUCAAAGAUUGAUAUCAUUGAACAGUUUGGCAAGUUAGGUAUUCAUACUAUCAUUAUUUUAUUUUCAGUGUUUUAUAGAUGUAUUUAAAGAUGUUAGAUGCGAAACCAGGAUUCAUGUUAAGAGUUUCAAACGUUCACUGGUUAAAAAUAUUUAUUUGGAUGAGCUUUCGACUGCCAGGUAAAUUAAUGAUGGGUAAAUUAAUCUACCUGUUGAAGACUGCAUACUGGCAGUUGAAAGCUUGUCCAAAUAAAUAUUUCUAGUUUGAAACUCUUAAUUGUUUAUAGAUAUGUUUGUUUGGGUUUUCAUCAUUCCAAUGAUAUUUAUCCUCGUCAAAGCCCACCUGUGCAUGAUCAAACAAUGCUUAACUCAGUAGCAGCCCACAUUCAAGAACAAUUGUAGCCUCAGCAUGAUUUAUAACCAUGCUUAACUCAGCAGCAGCCCACAUUCAAGAACACAUACUACCUCAGCAUGAUCUAGCCAUGCUUAACUUGGCAGUGAGUUCUGACAACAUCAGAUUACUUUAGAGCAGUUCAGAUUUGAAUGGGAACAACAUUUCUCUACUCGUUUUCUUCCAUACUUUGAUUUAGACUUCAAUCUGGACUACUACACUGAAGUUUUGGAUCUGAAAUUUAUCCUUGAUGAACUGCAGGAUGAUCCAGUAACAAGAAAAUUCAAGAAAUUAAAUAAAGCAUUGAUUAGUGUGAUUGAAGAUUAUAGCUUGGUCUCGUUUUCGCCUCUCAAUGUUCAGGUAUGAAUCACUUCUAAUGAGAAAAGAUUAUUUGUCUGAUGACUUUUAGCUGUAUAGACACGGCAAACAAACACAUCCUUCAUCAAGACGAACUAUCUGUGAAAUUCGUCUGGACAAAUCAACUUGCGUGACAGUGUAGUUCGUCCUGAGGUAAAUACGGCAGUUCCGCAGUAGACAAACUAUCAGGAAAAUGUCAGACUUGAUUUGUUCGUUGAGUUAUUGCUAGAAUUAUCGUGUUAUUGUAGAGAGUUUCCUGGAUAGUUCGUUUUGUGUUUGGUCCAAAGGCAGUCGUGAUGGAUAAUUCGUAAUAAGGAAAUGAAUUUUAUCAUGGGAUGUAUUUCCAAUUCUUACGUAGAUAUAACUACUUCAAUCUACAGUUUUAAUUUUAGUUAUUUCAACUUUAUUUUUAAUGAUAUUUUGUUGAUGAAGGAUAAGGAAAGUAUGUUAACGUUGGUGAAGAAAAUUGACAGCGCCAAUGGAUAUGUGUUUGGCGGCAAACACGAGGAAGGAAAUCUCAGUGAAAUGUUAUCUUAUGCUGCUGGGGCAGACUUUGAAUAUUUUAAGUAUCCUUUUAGAACGUUGUAUAGUUUUGCUUAUCUCAACGGUUGCCACAACACUCUACAGCCUGUUUCAUCCACUGGUAUUGAGGAGAGAUAUCCGCAACAGCCUUUGCAUAUCGUCACAAAUAUGUUCCUGAGUGGCAUGGGAUUUUCAAAACAAUGAAAAGUGCAACAUGAAGUGAAUAUCACGUGCUGUACAUAGAAAGGGCGUGGUAGUUGUAUCUGUUUUGAUAUUCUUAACUCCACUGAAGAUCGGCAAGUGUCCAGGAAAAAUACGUUGAUACUACAAAAACUGGACCAACAACAUAAGGUGGCCACUGUUGUAGUAUUUUGAACGGAGUGGACAAUAACGUUCAAAACACAUAAACGCGAGACUUUGCAAGACAAAUAAAGCAAUUUAGAAUAUCGAUUACAUCCUUCUGACUUCACUGGAAAGACUUUCAAAAACAUUCUUAUUAUAGUACAUCAAAAAUCAAAUCAUUUUACUUUUCUCUAAUAUUCCACAAUAAACUGUUGAGAGUUGUGUUUGAACUAUCUGAAAAAUAAAACGUUUUGAGCGAGGUGAAAGCCUUGGUUAUUAAUAAGUUCAUUCGAAGAGCUCUUCGAUCUCGAAACAUUGGCGUCUUAGUUAGGAGCAAACCACGACAGUUUUUGAUUGAUUCAACUCGUCUGCUGGUGGCGAAAUGGUAGGAAGUUUGGUCUAUCCCGGCAAACUUUUGAGUUCAAAUCCCGUUUUAUUCUUUUUAUACCUCUCUGUCAGAAAUCGCUUUGCAAGUAGCCAAAAAUGUUUGCUUUGCCCAAAAAUAAGGUUUCCGUUUCUAUAACGUAGAAAAGACCAUCCUAACGCAAAACUAAACCCUAACCCUAAUACUAACCUUAACUCCAACCCUAACCUAACCCUAACUUAUUUAAAAAAUUGAUAUAAAAACGGAAACCUUAUUUUGAAAUAUACUAUUUAGCAAUUUCCGCUUUUUAUUAGCCUAGACUGCGUAAUCAAGCCGGGCAUAUUGAACGUUCACUAAAUGAAGUAUGUAUAGUCUGAAACGCGCCUACGAUCAUUCGGCAAACACACGUGGGGAAACAAAACAAAGCUAUUAUUUUCAAAAGUUAUUUUGUAAAAGUUUGUUAUUUUUUCAUCUUUGGCAGUUAUAAUGCCAGCAUGAUAGUGGAGCAGUAAUGUCUAGGAGGGUAGUUCUACCACCACUGCCAAAAGUCUCGGAUUUAUUGAGGAUUUAUGGCGUGCGGGCAAAGAAACAACUCAGCCAGAAUUUCAUACUUGAUCAAAAUAUCACUGGUAUGUAUAUCAUUAUUUAUGCUUGUUUGGUGUAUGUAAAUCCAGUUUGUACUUUUAAUAUUUUCAACCUUGCUAUAUGUCAUCAUUGUCAUCUGUUCAGUCAGCGUCAUUACUAUAAUUACUGUAUGUAUUGAUGUGUAAAUGAUCAAUCUACUUUCCUACUAUUAACUUUCCUACUAUUUGCUGUUGUCACUUGCUGUAUUUUAAUUGUUGUGUAUGACAGUUCUGGUUACUGAAUUGUGGGAAAUUAUGGUGACAAAAUCACUGCAACUUUUUUAUGUCUCAAUUAAAAUACAGUGAUUUAUAUAUGCAUGCAUCUUUCUAUUAUAGCUUUUGAUACAUUUAUUGCAACCCUGUCCCCACUUCACUCUCCCCAUCCUACUCUCCCCACCCUACUCUUCCUACCCCUCUCCCUGCCAAAUGAGCCUCGAUCCACCCCUACAGGAAUUCCAAAUCUUUGAUUGCAGAUAAAAUUGCUGGAGAGGCAGAUGUAUUUGAUUGUUUUGUUUGUGAAGUUGGCUCUGGUCCCGGAUCUUUGACACGUUCAGUUUUACACGCAGGAGCAAGGCAUGUUGCAGCUGUCGAGAUUGACCGCAGAUUUGUCCCUGCACUUGAGGUAUUAUGAGUACAUUUGUAGAUGGGUUUUAUAAUAAUUAACAGAUUGUGGUCAAAGUUUAACCCAGCUGUGGUUAUAUCUUUAUGAGAUAUAAAACACCACCAACAUUACAACAACAGGAAAUAAGUAAUUUGAUUUCAUGUUACCACAACUAUGUAUUUAGAUGUUAGCUGACUGUUCAGAGGGCAAAAUGAAAGUUUAUAAUGAAGAUAUCAUGAAGUUUAACAUUCCAGCAGCUUUUCCAAAUGUUGAAGGGGUGGCGUGGAAAAAGGAUUGUAAGUUUUGGUUUUCAAUUAUUUUCUUGUUCAUUUUAACUAACCUUACUUAUUAUUCUGGAAAAACUCUAUCAGUUUUAAACUGUUCUUCCUGGAGGCUCAUGCACUAAGUGCAACUCCGCUAUGGGUCCAGUUUUAGUAACAAACUUGUAUUGUUUAAUACACCCUUCCAGAAAGUACAUUAUUUUGGCUAUAGAGCCUCGUUUUCAUGUAUGUGACAUAUGUAAAGCCCAACAUCUCAACCAAACGGGGCUCAAUAGCCAAGGUGACAUACACUCCGGAAGCAUGUACAGUAUUGGCAGAGUCAAACAAAUUAAAGAUUGCUUUUUACUGGAAAAAAUAUUUAUUUUGGUAUUCUAUAUCUUUUCUUCAAAAGAUUUGCCAAGUAUUCGUUUGGUAGGAAAUUUGCCAUUCAACGUGUCAAUCCCGCUGCUUCUACAGUGGUUGCAAGCAAUCUCGCAUCGGACAGGCCCUUUUACCUUUGGUCGUGUGCCAAUGUCACUUGUGUUUCAAAAAGAAGUUGCGGAUGUAAGUUGGUGAUACAGGCUACACUAUACCAGAUAGCUUUCCAUAGCGGCGCAAAAAAGCAUCUGUCCAAUACGGAAUGUACAACUUGCAGAAGCUGAGCAAAACAACAUUUCUCUGUUGCAAUAAUUCCUCUGAUAAUAGCAUUCCUAAAAGGUACGGAUAGGUGUUUUUUCAUGUCGCUACAGAAAGCUAUGUGGUACAGUGGAAACCUGGCCACAAACAAGUUUACAAUUCCAGUUUACAAUCCCAGUUUAACCCAGUUUAGAUGAGAACUGAGCUGGAUGUAAGUCAUAUGGUGUUGUCUCUAGUCAAUAGAGAGACAGCGAAGUACGAAGACGUACUUGAUAAUUUUUGCCCGUCUGCACAUUGUCUUUGGUGUCACUGGUGCUUGCGUGUCUUCCUGUUAUGGAUUCAUAUACUGUAUCGCUGUUUACGAAUACUGAGCUGGCCCCAACCUGACAAAACAGCGAGACAUGAAACUGUAUCCCCGUCUUUGUUUUUUUUGCCUAAUUCAGAAUAAAGUUCACGACGAAUCUUGUCAAAAUAUUUGACGCGCAGUUGAGACUGUGAAUUGCUUAUUUGCUUGGAUCUUUUAGAAUAUCGUUGCUGAACCAGGACAUCCCAAUUGUUCACGCUUGUCUGUCAUGACGCAUCAUCUCUGUGAAGUGAAGAGGACGUAUCGCUUGCCUAGGACGGUGUUUGUCCCAGAACCCAAGGUAAUGAACCAUUUUGAUUAGUUAUUACAAAGAACAAAUCCAUUUCUUCUUUCCAUAGUCAAUUCACUCAGUUUCCCCUUCUUGUUUCCAAGGUAGAUGCAGCACUGUUGCACAUAAUACCAUUACAAAAGCCAAAGAUCGACGCGCCGUUUGAUGUUGUCGAACAAGUUGUCAAAGCUUUAUUUUCCAUGAGAAGAAAGUUCAUUCGUUCUUCAUUAAAGUAAGAUGGUUUGAGACUACACUAUGAUGCGCUAGUUAUUUCCAAUGGCAUGCAAUGAUCUAACAGCAUUUUUGGACAGUCGAACAGCCAGCGUAGGUAGUCAGACUACACUACAAAGCUCCAAAAAUCGAGAGACCUUCAACUACAGUAACUUCCCGAUAAAGCACCUUCGCUCGAAACGUCCACGUUUUGCUUGUAUUUUUCAGGUA